AUGUUGUCUGGAAUGGCGAUGUUUGGGUUUGGAAUGUCCAGCUUCGACACGGUCACAAACCGUUCUCCGUGCGGCUCCCAUUGGAACGCACUCACAACCUCCUUCAGCUCGAUCUUCUCCACAGGAAUAUCUUUCUCGCUCAAAGAAAGCAGCUCCAGGUUGGUGAACGUCGUCUUCUUGGAUUUGGUGUGUCUGUCGACCUUGCAGCACAGGAAUUUUCCAGCGUUGUGCCAGCUCAUCUUGACGUCCGAAACGUUGAAGAGAUUGACUGUUCUUAAAACCUGUUUGGAAGGAAGUUGGACCACAGAAACACGAGCACUCUGGUUCACGGUUUCCGGAGUCCAGUACGACAGAACGGUCUCUGGCUCGUCGUUUCUUCUGGUGGUGGCCAGUCUCACACCGGCAGGAGCAAACUCAAAGUCGGCGAUUCCUUCCACCUUGUACAACUUCUUGUCCAACAGAGCAAAGUCGUCGGUGGUGUCAUAG